AUGGCGUCAACGAGCAUUCUGCCCUUCCCCUAUCCACUCAGUCCCGGGACCGACAUAUGCCACAUUCCCAGAAUCCGGCGAAUUCUUGAAAAGGAUCAGAAACACGUUGAGAGAUUCGGCCAACGGAUGUUCAGUCGGGCUGAACUGCCCGGUUUCCAAGAGCGUUAUGACAAAGUGCUACAACAAAGACAAACGAUGUCGGCUCAUGCCCCCAUCCAAGGAACUGAUGAUAGAUCCAAUAUCAUCAGUGAUGUCCAAUAUUCUCCAUAUGACCGGGAGCUUUUGAAAUUGUCAAAUUGGAUGGCUGGUCGUUUCGCAGCCAAAGAAGCGGCCAAGAAGGCAAUGUUUCCUCACCGCCUUGCUUGGCAUAAAGCUGAGGUGUUGACGUUGCCCGGGAGGAGAAAGCCAGUACUGGUUAUCCAUACAUCGUCUCCGAAGGCAGACAGUCAUGAGAACGAGGAUAGAGACCAUCAACAGCUGAGAAGACAAGCCGCGCAACAUUCGAUCAGUCAUGACGGGGAUUAUGCCACUGCCAAUGUGUUGGCGGUCAAUUGCUUCUCAGUGUUCUCGGCUAUUGAGACAUUAGAAGACAGAGAGGAGGUUUAA